AUGGCGGGCUUGGCUCCCCGCCUGCCCUCGCUGCCGCUGCUGUGGCGGCGCCGGCAGCGCUCGGCCUGGGCGGCCUCUCCCCUGGGCGGAGGGUGGUGGGCCGCCUGCCGCCCGCCCGGCAGCAGGGGCCGCCGGCAGGCCGCCGGGCCCGGCGCCUCCCGCCUUGGCCCGCCCCCGGCCCCCGCCCGCGCCGCGGCCUCGUGGGCGGCUGCGGCGGGGGACCCGCGGGAGAAGGGGGCCCGGCCCACGGCGGCCGCGCCGUCCCUGCCCGCCGGGCCCGGAGGAGGAGGAGGAGGAGGAUCUGACGCCAGGAGGCUCCUGGGCCUGGCCCAGCCCGAGCGCUGGAGAUUGACAGCUGCUGUUGGCUUUCUGACAGUUUCCAGCGUCAUCACUAUGUCUGCCCCUUUUUUCUUGGGGAAGGUUAUUGAUGUCAUUUACACAAAUCCAUCCGGUGACUUCACUGACAACCUGUCCAACCUCUGUGCCUUGCUAAGCGGAAUAUUCCUCUGUGGUGCUGCUGCCAAUGCAACCCGCGUCUACCUCAUGCAGACUGCAGGACAAAGAAUUGUGAAUCGACUAAGAGCAACAAUGUUUUCAUCUCUUUUGAAACAAGAAGUAGCUUUUUUUGACAAAACCAGCACUGGAGAACUGAUCAAUCGCUUAUCUUCUGACACUGCACUCUUGGGCCGUUCGGUCACAGAAAACCUUUCUGAUGGGCUAAGAGCAGUGGCCCAGGCUUCAGUUGGCGUUGGUAUGAUGUUUUUCGUUUCUCCCAAACUUGCUAUGUUUGUUCUGAGUGUGGUGCCACCUCUGGCUGUCAUAGCUGUGAUUUAUGGAAGAUAUUUACGAAAACUGACUAGAAUGACGCAGGAUUCCCUUGCAGAUGCAACGCAGUUAGCUGAAGAACGGAUUGGAAAUUUACGAACAGUUCGAGCUUUCGGCCAAGAACUAAAUGAAAUGGGGAAAUACAGGAGCAAAGUUGAUUACGUGCUGCAGUUGGCCAAAAAAGAAGCAAUAGCUCGAGCAGGAUUCUUUGGAGCAACUGGGCUGUCCGGCAAUCUGAUUGUGCUCUCCGUUCUGUACAAAGGAGGAUUGUUGAUGGGCAGUGCCCACAUGACUAUUGGAGAACUGUCUUCUUUUUUAAUGUAUGCCUUCUGGGUUGGCAUAAGCAUUGGAGGCUUAAGCUCUUUCUAUUCAGAGCUAAUGAAAGGAUUAGGUGCAGGAGGACGCCUGUGGGAACUUAUUGAGAGAAAGCCAGAACUUCCUUUUAAUGAGGGAAUAGUAUUCAACCAGGAUGCUUUCAGAGGUGCACUGGAGUUCAGAAAUAUUCAGUUUGCAUAUCCAACUCGUCCAGAGACUUUAGUUUUCCAGGACUUUACCCUUACAAUCCCAGCAGGCUCCGUCAUGGCACUGGUUGGCCCAAGCGGCUCUGGCAAAUCGACGGUUGUCUCUCUCCUUCUUAGGCUUUAUGAUCCAAUCUCAGGGGCCAUUACUGUUGACGGGGUUGACAUUUGUCAGCUAAAUCCUCUGUGGUUCAGGACUAAAAUUGGAACUGUAAGUCAGGAACCGAUUUUGUUCUCCUGCUCUAUCGCUGAAAACAUUGCUUAUGGUGCAGAGGACCCUUCUCUGGUAACUACCAAAGAAAUCGAGAGAGUCGCAGAGAUAGCAAAUGCUGCUAAUUUUAUCCAAAACUUCCCCAAAGGAUUCCAUACUUUAGUUGGGGAAAAAGGUGUUCUUCUUUCAGGUGGACAGAAACAGCGAAUUGCGAUUGCUCGAGCUCUUCUCAAGAAUCCAAAAAUUCUUCUUCUUGAUGAAGCAACAAGUGCUUUGGAUGCUGAAAAUGAAUACCUUGUCCAAGAGGCACUAGAUCGGCUUAUGGAAGGGAGGACUGUCCUCAUUAUCGCUCAUCGUCUUUCCACCAUUCAGAACGCAGAUUGUGUUGCAGUUCUUGACCAAGGCCGAAUUAUUGAGUGUGGAACGCAUGAAACGCUGCUUGCAAACCCAAAUGGACUUUUCAGCAAACUUAUGAAAAAACAAUCUUUUGUCCAGAAUAGUGAAAGUUUUACAAUAAAUGUAAAAUCCUGAAAGACAGCUUUUUGUAACCAAAAUAGAAUGUAAGGAAUAGAAAUGUAAAACCUUUUCAGU